AUGGACCAGCAACACCAUUAUCAGCAAAACCAAGAGAUUUCACAGGUCCAAGGAAAAACCGGGUGCCGGUUGCGCCAGAGUUCCGAGAUGCAGUUUCCAGACAUCGACAAGGAGAAAUGUCUUUCGUUCCUAUCGAAAUUGGUGCAAAUCAAGAGCUAUUCCCAAACAGACGGCGAAUUGACAGUGACUAGCCACAUUGCCGCGUGCAUGAGAGAGAUUGGUCUCGACACGGAAAUUGUGCCAUUCGAUGAAGAAAAACGACAGAAUGCAGUGGGUACCUGGAGAGGAAGAGGAAAGGGCGACAAUGCAGCAAAGUCGCUCCUAUUCAAUGGCCACCUGGAUACCAACCCCGUGAGCGGAGGAUGGACCAUCGAUCCAUGGGAAGGCAAAGUGGACGACGACUUUAUUUACGGAAUUGGUGUCAGCAACAUGAAGGCAGGGUGCGCUGCCUACUUUUGCGCCGUGGAGACAUUAAAGGCCAGCGGCUGGAUGCCUAGGGCGGAUGUCUAUCUGACCUUUGUGGUGGGCGAGCUACAAGGAGGCGUCGGUACCAUGGCCCUGAUUGAAAAGGGCAAAAUCCAUGCUGACUAUUUUAUCAACUGCGAGCCUUCCGACAUCAAGGCCGUUACCAUGCACGCCGAGGCCUUGAUCUUUGAGAUUGUUUUGAGAGGAGUCACGCGACACAUGUCUGCGCGUGAAGAGGCGGCUGAUGCCAUCAUGGCAGCUUGCAAGCUCAUCCCAAAGCUCAACGGCAUGGUCUUUAGCGGUGCAAAGAGCAAGGAGCACCUCAAGUGUAACCGUUGCCAGAUCGGCGUCGUGCAUGGUGCCCUAGGCGACGAGCUGGCGGAGUGGCGGCCGCCUCAGGUAGCCGAUGUGUGCAAACUUGCCGGCAGUGCUAGAUAUGCGCCGGGCCAGACACAAGAAGGCGUCAUGCAGGACUUGGCUGCAGUCAUCGAACAGGUCAUCCUCGACUUCCCUGGCAUGACCUUUGAGCUCAAACAGAGAUUUGAACCCACCAUGCCAGCGUUUGAGGUAUCGCCCGAAUCGCAUAUAGUCAAGUCGCUAAACGAGGCCUAUUACGAUGUUCGGGGAACACAACAGCCCACUGGGGUCCUUGCGCCAACAUGUUUCUACGGCUCCGACGCGGGCCAUCUUUACAAGAGCUUGGGCAUGGAAGGUGUCGUGUGCGGCCCAGGCGGCAAGUACAAUACCCGACCGGAUGAAAAGGUGGAUAUACCAGAUUAUCUCGAUUGCAUUAGGAUGUUCAUGAGAGUUAUUGUGGAAAUCUGUGGAUAG